AGUCUCCUUUCCUCUCGGCCAAUCGGAGUAUCCGAUAUUACUGUACUUCACCCGCUCCGCCACCUCUUGCUCAGGUAGACGGGACAUACAGCAGAAAGGCCUCUCUCCUGACCCACAGCCAGCUUGCAUCAUCUUUCAGCAUGGCGGUGAACGGCACUGCAAACAUUUUGAGCUCUGCCUAUCUUGCAGUCGAGUAUGUCGAUGCUGUUCUGCCAGAAAACCCGUUCCAGCCCUCCCUGAAACACGCCUGGGGCUACAUGCUGGACAACUACACCAAAUUCCAGAUUGCCACCUGGGGCUCGCUCAUCGUCCAUGAGUUAAUCUAUUUCCUGUUCUGCCUGCCCGGUUUUCUCUUCCAGUUCCUGCCCUUCAUGCAAAAAUACAAGAUUCAGCAGGACAAGCCAGAGACGUGGGAGAAACAGUGGAGGUGUUUCAAGAUGCUGCUUUUCAACCAUUUCUGCAUCCAGCUGCCUUUGAUCUGUGGCACUUACUACUUCACCGAGUAUUUCAACAUUCCUUAUGACUGGGACUCCAUGCCACGCUGGCCAUAUCUCCUGGCUCAGUGCUUCGGCUGUGCUGUUGUUGAGGAUGCCUGGCACUAUUUCCUUCAUCGCAUACUGCAUCACCGCCGGAUCUACAAGUACAUCCACAAAGUCCACCAUGAGUUCACUGCUCCGUUUGGCAUGCAGGCAGAAUACGCUCACCCCGUUGAGACGAUCAUCCUUGGGGCUGGCUUCUUCAUUGGCAUCAUGAUCUUCUGCAACCACGUGUUCUUGCUCUGGGCCUGGGUCGCCUUCCGUCUGAUGGAGACCAUCGAUGUCCACAGCGGUUACGACAUUCCUUUGAACCCGCUCCACCUGAUCCCGUUCUACGCCGGCGCUCGUUUCCACGACUUCCACCACAUGAACUUUGUCGGGAACUACGCCUCCACCUUCACUUGGUGGGACAAACUGCUGAAGACAGACAGCCAGUACAACAGCUACAUGGAGAAGCAGACAGAUAAGAAGACGCAGUAAAGCGCUCAAGCCUUCCUUCAUGGACACAUGCCUGUCCUGUCAGGUGGAGAAGAGGCAGUGAGCCGUACAGACAAAAACAUGCGAUUACUGCUGAUUUUCAUCUCUGCACACUUAAUAAAACACAUGCAAAAGGUGUUUUUAAAAAACGAGUCAGCACAUCUGUGGUUUGAUUAUGAAUCAGACUGCGUGUUGAUUCGGUCUGCCUUCUGUGCCUUCUUAAAAAAGAAGCAAUGUCUGUUUUUUAUUCCAACAGCUGGCUGAAUAAAAACCCAUCAUGUCCUCA